UUGGGCCAGGCUCCCCGGCCAUGUGACCCCGCGGCCCGUCUGGGACGCGACGGGACGCGCUGGGACGGGCGCCGGGGGUCGCGGGCAGCAUGGAGCGGAGGUGGGUCUUCGUGCUGCUCGACGUGCUGUGCGUGCUGGUCGCCUCUCUGCCUUCCGCCAUCCUGACGCUCGUGCACGCCCCGUACAAGCGAGGAUUCUACUGCGGAGAUGACUCCAUCCGGUACCCCUACCGUCCAGACACCAUCACCCACGGGCUCAUGGCCGGGGUCAUCAUCACCACCACCGUCAUACUUGUGUCGGCCGGGGAGGCCUACCUGGUGUACACAGACCGCCUCUACUCCCGCUCCGACUUCAACAACUACCUGGCCGCCCUCUACAAGGUGUUGGGGGCGUUCCUGUUCGGGGCUGCAGUGAGCCAGUCGCUGACAGACCUGGCCAAGUACAUGACCGGCCGGCUGCGGCCCAACUUCCUGGCCGUGUGUGACCCUGACUGGAGCCGUGUCAACUGCUCCGUGUAUGUGCAGGUGGAGGUGUGCAGGGGAAGGCCUGCUGACGUCACCGAGUCCAGAUUAUCCUUCUACUCUGGACACUCCUCCUUUGGAAUGUACUGCAUGAUGUUCUUGGCGCUCUACGUGCAGGCCCGGCUGUGCUGGAAGUGGGCACGCCUGCUGCGGCCCACUGUGCAGUUUUUCCUGGUGGCCUUUGCCCUUUACGUGGGCUACACCCGUGUGUCUGACUACAAACACCACUGGAGUGAUGUUCUCGUUGGCCUCCUGCAGGGGGCGCUGGUGGCCGGCCUCACUGUCCGCUACGUCUCCGACUUCUUCAAAGCCCGGCCCCCGCGGCACUGCCUGGAGGAUGAAGAGGUAGAGCGGACACCCAGCCAUCACUGACACUGGCCCUGGGCGAGGCUGGCUGCAGCCUCUGCGGGUCCCCUCCUGCUGGGGCUCGGGCUGUGGGCAGCGAGCGUGUCCAUGGUCCUGGCAGGUCCCUAAGCCAGGAUGGCUGGAUCCUGGCGUGGGUUCCGCUAA